UAUAAGUAUGUCAGACAAUGAAGACCGUCAAAGUGUACCUGUCAACAUUCGUUACACUCGUGGUUUCUCAUUUUUACGUUUACAACUUCCAACAACAAAUGAGUUUAGUGAUUUGAGACGGCCUCAAAGAUCACGUAGUCAAGGCUUCCUUACUGGGUUGUCAAAUCGUUUACCAUCAUUUUCUAUCACUGGUCCAUUAUAUGAUGAUAGUCCAUUACCGCCUACUGAUAAUACAAACAAAAGAUUCAGCUUUGCAAAUUUCAGAAAAAUUUCAUCGGUGAAUUUGCACACUAGUGAUUCAAUGGUGUCGUUAUGCUACAGAGCUUUACAUAAUUACAUCUCAGAAAAUAAUUUAGAAGGUCUUCAAGGAUUUCUUGAAAACCGCCGUGUUCUUGUAGACGAUCGUGACGACAAUGGAGCUACAGCUUUACAUUAUGCUGCAACAAAAGGGAAAUUACAAUUUCUUAGAGAGCUUAUUAAUCACGGAUCAGAUGUAAACAUUGAAGAUAAUGAUAAUUGGACAGCGUUGAUUUGUGCUGCCAAAGAAGGUCAUACUGAUAUAUGUGCUGAAUUAUUAGAUCAUGGAGCUGAUAUUGAACACCGGGAUAUGGGUGGGUGGACGCCACUUAUUUGGUCUAGUUACUGUGGACAUACUAACUUGGCUAAUUUGUUAUUGGACCGAGGGGCUGACAUAAAUGCUCAUGGAAAUUUUCAUAUUACUGCAUUAGUUUGGGCUGCAGGUAGAGGACAUACAAAGUUGGCCUGUAGUUUAAUAGCACGUGGUGCUAAAGUUAAUGUUGGUGACAAGUAUGGAACUUCUGCAUUAGUWUGGGCAUGUAGAAAAGGUGAUGUAGAACUUGUUGAUUCAUUGUUAAGRGCUGGAGCUAAUGUAGAYACUGCUGGAAUGUACUCAUGGACGCCAUUAUUAGUAUCUUCGAUGGGAAAUCACACCGAAGUAGUAAAUUUACUCCUUGAACGUAAGCCAAAUGUAAAUGCUUUAGACCAAGAUGGAUGUACUGCUUUAACAAUUGCAUGUAAAGAAGGAUAUUAUGAUAUUGCUAAUUCUCUUUUAAAUGCUGGAGCUUAUAUCAAUAUACAAGAUCGUAGUUCAGAUACUAACCUGAUACAUGCUGUUAAAGGAGGACAUCGUAAUAUUGUGGAAGCACUCCUUAAAAAAUAUGCAGAUGUCGAUGUUAUGGGAAAAGAACGGAAAACUGCAUUGUAUAUUGCUAUAGAAAAAGGAAAUACAGCAAUAAUUAAGUUAUUACUUGGAGCAAAUCCUGAUUUAGAAAUUUCAACAAAAGAUGGUGAUACACCUUUGAUGCGAGCUGUUAGAAACCGUAAUGCUGAAGCUGUUCAACUUUUAAUUGAAAAGCGUGCUCGUGUAUCAGCUACAGACAAACGUGGUGAUACUGCAUUACAUAUUGCUAUGAGAGCUAGAGCUAGAGGAAUUGUUGAAAUUUUGUUACGUAAUCCUAAGAACAGCCAGCUUUUAUACAGACCAAAUCGAGCUGGCGAAACACCAUAUAAUAUGGAUGUCAAUGCUCAAAAGCCUAUUCUUAGUCAAAUAUUUGGUUCAAGACGUCUUAAUACUAAUGAAGAUAAUGAAAAUUUACUGGGAUACGAUUUAUACAGCAGUGCACUGGCUGAUAUGCUUAGUGAACCUACUUUAUCAAUGCCAAUUACUGUUGGGUUAUAUGCUAAAUGGGGUAGUGGAAAAUCAUUUCUACUUAAUAAAUUGAGAGAGGAAAUKAAAAAUUUUGCUCAUCAAUGGACAGAUCCAUUUUUUCAAUUCCCAUGGCUAAUAUUGGGUGUGGCACUUCACUUUUGUUUCAUUGCUGGUACUGUGGUUGUAGUCCUGUCAUCGUCAUCACUUAUUGCAAUUAUCACCACAUUUAGUUUAUUAACUAGUAUAUUUUUCUUCUUGAUAAUGAUAUAUUAUGGCAGUCAUAGACUUGAUUGGGCCUAUAAUUGUAUCAGCUAUUUAAGCCAAAAAGCAGUUACAGCCCGAAUAAUUCUGCAAAUAAUAUUUUGUCAUCCACCUGGUUCAAGUUGGGGGACAUCAGUUACAGCACAACCUAUUAGAUUUUAUUUUACUGAUCAAACUCGUGUCAGUAGUACAACACCUGGRGAAAGUACGAUUAUUCAAAUGAUAGGUUCAUUAUAUGAUUCAAUAGAAAAAGAUUUUGGAUCAAUUUCUACUCGCCUWUAUAGAGCUUUUCGUCCAAAACCUGUAAAACUUACUUCACCUUGGAAAUGGCGCAAAUUAUGUUGCAUGCCAAACAUAAUACUAUUUGAACUAUCAUUUAUAUGUGUUUUAUUGGUAACACUUAUUAUUGCUAUGAAUAGUGGUACACUAACUUUUAUAAAUGAUUUUUCAAUUGACAAAGCUAUUGGAAAUGUUAUAAUAUUUUGUUGUGGGAUGUUCAUUUUAUUACUAUUGAUAGGAAAUCUAUACACAUUCAGUCAAUUACUACAAUCAUUAGUGUUCUCACAACGUAAACAAUUGAGGAGAGCUACAUCAAGAUUAGAUACAUUAAAAUCUGAAGGAUUUAUUCAAGCAUUACGGACUGAAGUGAAUUUAAUGACAGAAAUGGUGCGUUGUUUAGAUGCAUUUACUCAGCAGCAAACAAGAUUGGUAAUAAUUAUUGAUGGUUUAGACACCUGUGAACAGGACAAAAUAUUACUACUUUUAGAUGCUGUACGGAUGUUAUUUUCUGAACAAAACACUCCUUUUAUAGUUGUUUUAGCUAUUGACCCUCAUGCUAUUUCUCAGGUUAUUGAACUCAAUAGUCGACGGUUGUUAAAUGACAUGAAUUUUUCUGGACACGAUUAUCUUAAAAAUAUGGUUCAUUUGCCAUUUUUUCUUCAAAAUUCUGGUUUACGUAAAGUAAAAUUAGCUCAAAAAUCAUCUCAAUCUCAUCGUAAAAGUGUAACAAAUCAAAUGGAUGAAUGUGGAUUAGUACAUUCGGCUUCAACAAGACGAUUAUCUAAUGAGUCCACAACUUUAAAACCUAUGGGUUCUUCUGGUGGACUUAGUCGAAGCAAAGGCAACAUCAGUUCUACUAGAAAUAAAUUAAAAUCAAGUGAAAGUAUUGCAAGUAGCAUAGCUAGCAACAUACAUAGAUUAGGUGGUCCACAAGAUCUUUCUAAAAUUUUAUUGACUGAUGACUAUUUUAGUGAUGUAAAUCCUAGAAGUAUGAGACGUUUAAUGAAUAUUGUUUAUAUUACAGGUCGUUUAUUGAAAGCAUUUCAAUUGGAAUUUAAUUGGUAUCAUUUAGCUAGUUGGAUAAAUAUUACAGAGCAAUGGCCUUAUAGAAUAUCUUGGAUGAUUAUUUUUCAUGAUACUAAUGAAGAUACUAUUGAUGAUUCUAUGUCGCUAAAAACUUUAUAUGAAAAGGUACGUCGUCAAAUACAAUUUUCUAAAGACAUUGAUCCAUUAAUGGAGAUGGACAAAGAUGAGAAAAAAUUCGAAAUAUUUCUUUCUUUUCACCGAACAACAUURUUGGUUAGCGAUCUAAGAAUUUUCUUACCAUUUACAAUCAAUUUGGAUCCAUAUUUGAGAAAAGUAAUCAAAGAUGACAUGCAAAACUCUGAAGAUUCCACUAUUUUUAGACCAACAAUAACACACAAUGAACUACAAACGCGGAGAGUACAAAAUCAACUUAUGAGAAGACAGUUUAAGACAAUGGGAGCUAAACUAUCACUUCAACAAGAAACUUUACCACCGACAUUGAUGUUAAAUGAACCACAAUCAGCUGCAUUAUGGAACCAACAAGUUCAAAAUCGAUGGCAUGCACCUUAUAAUGAAUUACCAAACCAUCUACAAAAUUUUUCGAUUUCAUCAUUAUCUGAUGAAUUUAACAACAUUAAACUGUCAUCCUUAAGUGUAGAUGAUACUUGUAAGUUAUUAACAAGAAUUAGAGAUUUGCAAGAGUCAAACAUUCCAAAAUACACACAAAUUAUCAAAGAUAACAAUCUUACUGGUUGUGUACUCUUACAUUGCAAUUUAAAUGAACUAAAAAAUGUAUUAAAAAUGAACUUUGGAGAUUGGGAACUUUUCCGUAUAGUCUUAUUAGCAUUGCGAGACAAAGAGUACUUAAUAAAUAAUGAAACUAACAGUAAUAUUAAUUUAAAACACACAAGAUCGGGUAGCACUAAAAACUAUUCACAUGAAAGAAGAGGAUCUUCUAAUAAUAGCAAUAAUGUACAAGGAACAUUAAAUGAUAAAGAUCARAAAGGGUCAAAAGUAUCAUCAGUUGAAAAACAAGUAACAUUAGAAGAACAAAUGAUUUGCGGUGCAUUACAAACUCUUAAUGAAGAAGCGUGUGAAGAUGUUCUAGAAGAAUCUGAAGAACAAGGUACUAUAGCAGCAGCUACCUAUUUACAAGUACCACAACAGCCUAUCGACAUAAUUACAGGUGAGCAGACGCAACAACAAGGUCAGAAUGAAAUCGACAAUAGUAAUUUUAAAACAGGAGAAUGCAAUCCUUAUGUAGUUUUAGAUAUGAAUAAAAUGUCUGAGACAAAUUAAUAUUAUGUGUAUAUCAAGUGCAUGGUGAAGAAUCUUAAGCAUGUAAAUAAAUUGAUUUCAUCAUGAUUUUCCAAUUUUUAUUUCAUAUUAUU